GCCUCUCCAGUGAUGCCAACCAAGAUAUCAGGAAAGGAAGAAAAAUUAUUCUCUUCAGCAGUGCCAACCAUGACACCAGGCAAGGAAUUAAAACCAUUCUCUUCAGCAAUGCCAACCAAGACACCAGUAAAAGAAAUGAAACCAUUCCCUUCAGUGGCACCAACCGACAUGUCAACCAAGGAAGGGAAAUUAUUCUCUUCAGUAAUGCCAACCAAGACACCAGGCAAGGAACUAAAACCAUUCUCUUCAGUAAUGCCAACCAAGACACCAGUAAAAGAAAUUAAACCAUUCCUUUCAGUGACACCAACUGACAUGUCAACCAAGGAAGGGAAAUUAUUUUCUUCAGUAAUGCCAACCAAGACACCAGGCAACAAAGUAAAAUCAGCCUCUCCAGUAAUGCCAACCAAGAUAUCAGGAAAGGAAGAAAAAUUAUUCUCUUCAGCAGUGCCAACCAUGACACCAGGCAAGGAAGUAAAACCAUUCUCUUCAGCAAUGCCAACCAAGACACCAGUAAAAGAAAUGAAACCAUUCCCUUCAGUGGCACCAACCGACAUGUCAACCAAGGAAGGGAAAUUAUUCUCUUCAGUAAUGCCAACCAAGACACCAGGCAAGGAAGUAAAAUCAGUCUCUCCAGUAAUGCCAACCAAGACACCAGGCAACGAAGUAAAAUCAGCCUCUCCAGUAAUGCCAACCAAGAUAUCAGGAAAGGAAGAAAAAUUAUUCUCUUCACCAGCGCCAACCAUGACACCAGGCAAGGAACUAAAUCCAUUCUCUUCAGCAAUGCCAACCAAGACACCAGUAAAAGAAAUGAAACCAUUCCCUUCAGUGACACCAGCUGACAUGUCAACCAAGGAAGGGAAAUUAUUCUCUUCAGUAAUGCCAACCAAGACACCAGGCAAGGAAGUAAAAUCAGUCUCUCCAUUGAUGCCAACCAAGACACCAGGCAAGGAAGUAAGACCAUUCUCUUCAGCAAUGCCAACCAAGACACCAGUAAAAGAAAUGAAACCAUUCCCUUCAGUGGCACCAACCGACAUGUCAACCAAGGAAGGGAAAUUAUUCUCUUCAGUAAUGCCAACCAAGACACCAGGCAAGGAACUAAAACCAUUCUCUUCAGUAAUGCCAACCAAGACACCAGGCAAGGAAGUAAAAUCAGUCUCUUCAUUGAUGCCAACUAAGACACCAGGCAAGGAAGUAAGACCAUUCUCUUCAGCAAUGCCAACCAAGACACCAGUAAAAGAAAUGAAACCAUUCCUUUCAGUGACACCAACUGACAUGUCAACCAAGGAAGGGAAAUUAUUUUCUUCAGUAAUGCCAACCAAGACACCAGGCAACAAAGUAAAAUCAGCCUCUCCAGUAAUGCCAACCAAGAUAUCAGGAAAGGAAGAAAAAUUAUUCCCUUCUGCAGUGCCAACCAUGACACCAGGGAAGGAAUCGAAUCCAUUCCUUUCAGUGGCACCAACCAACAUGUCAACCAAGGAAGGGAAAUUAUUCUCUUCAGUAAUGCCAACCAAGACACCAGGCAAGGAAGUAAAAUCAGUCUCUCCAUUGAUGCCAACCAAGACACAAGGGAAGGAAUCAAAUCUAUUCCUUUCAGUGACACCAACCAAGAUAUCACGCAAGGAAGAAAAAUUAUUCUCUUCAGCAGUGCCAACCAUGACACCAGGCAAGGAAGUAAAACCAUUCCCUUCAGCAUUGCCAACCGACAUGUCAGCCAAGGAAGGGAAAUUAUUUUCUUCAGUAAUGCCAACCAAGACACCAGGCAGGGAAGUAAAAUCAGCCUCUCCAGUAAUGCCAAGCAAGAUAUCACGCAAGGAAGAAAACUUAUUCGCUUCAGCAGUGCCAACCAUGAAACCAGGCAAGGAAGUAAAACCAUUCUCUUCAGCAAUGCCAACCAAGACACCACUAAAAGAAUUUAAACCAUUCCCUUCAGUGACACCAACCGACAUGUCAACCAAGGAAGGGAAAUUAUUUUCUUCAGUAAUGCCAACAAAGACACCAGGCAGGGAAGUAAAAUCAGCUUCUCCAGUGAUGCCAAGCAAGAUAUCAGGCAAGGAAGAAAAAUUAUUCUCUUCAGCAGUGCCAACCAUGACACCAGGCAAGGAAGUAAAAUCAGUCUCUCCAGUGAUGCCAACCAAGAUAUCAGGCAAGGAAGAAAAAUCACUCACUUCAGUGAUGCCAACCAAAACCACAGCCAAAGACGUUAAUCUGCUUCCUUCAGACAAGCGAACCAAAGUUCCAGAAAAGGAAGCAAAACCAUUUCCCCCAGAGAGGCCUAAAAGUAGAGACUGAAUUUUAGCU